AUGUUCAGCACACUCAAGAAGAUCAUCAGGGGUCCUGGGGUGGGUCCUACCCCAGCCCCAGCCCCAGCUUCAGCACCGGCUCCAACUCCAGCUCCAACUCAAGCCCCAGCUUCAGACGAAAAGCCUGCAGUGAAUAACAAUGAGCCCAAGAAAGAGGAUAAAGAGGAAAAAGCCCCUGCCCCAGCACCUGCCCCUGCACCUGCCCCAAAACCAGAGCAGAAGCCAGCUGACCCUGCAAACGGCCAGCCGCCAGCUGAAGGGGAAGAAGCAGCACCGUCUCCACCAUGUCCAAUUGUAAUAAACAAAUAUUCAGAUACUCAACUUCGAGAAAUAAUCAAACGGAUGCGGGAAAGAACACUAGUGUACAAGGAGAAAAUCACAGACCCCUAUGCAUCCUCCCCAGAGCGCAGCCCUCCAGUCACACCUGUUCUGAGAAAAAAGGAUUUCUUGAAAAAGCAAGAGGAGGAGAAGAAAAGAAAAGAGGAAGAGGAGAGAAUCAAAAAGGAGGAGGAGGCUAAGAAAGCUGCAGAAGCAGCUGAGAAAAAGAAAGAAGAAAAGAAAGAAGAGAAGAAGGAAGAGAAGAAGGAAGAAAAGAAGGAAGAGAAAAAGAAAGAUGACAAGAAACCAGAAGCCGCUCCAGAAAAGGAGGAGAACAAGUCAAAAAUCAAAUGCACUUGUAUAGAAACUCUAUUGAAGCCCAUUGAAGACAGGAUGGAUAAAGUCCUGGGCACAUCCAUAGAUCCAUUCACAGAUCGCCGGUACAUCACUUGGCUUAGCGUUGUGACGAUCGCCUUCAACUACAACCUCUGGUUCAUACCGAUUCGCAUGGCCUUCCCCUAUCACACCCCUGGCGCUAUUCCUCUAUGGGUUACCUUAGAUGUCACAGCCGACCUCAUCUACAUCAUCGACAUGGUCAUUUUUCAGCCACGACUCCAGUUCUGCAAGGGUGGAGACAUCGUUUAUGACAGAACUGUAAUUAAGAAGAACUACAGAGAGUCCUCAAAAUUUCAGCAUGCCCUGCUGUCUAUCAUGCCAUUGGAAUUGCUGUAUAUUCCGUUUGGAUUCCAGUCUGUCUUCAGAGCCAACCGCAUCAUGAGGUUUGAGGCCUUUUUUGAGUUCAGUGAUCGACUCGAGGGCAUCAUGACAAAGGCCUACAUCUGGCGAGUAAUUCGUACCAUUGGAUAUCUCCUGUUCAUCCUCCAUCUCAACUCCUGCCUUUACUAUGUGGCAUCUGCCUACCAGGGCAUUGGCAAAACCAAGUGGGUCUACAGCGGUGAAGGCAGCGCCUACCUGAGAUGUUUCUUCUACUCUGAGAAAUCCCUGUUGAUGAUCGCAGAACUACCUUUUCCAGACACCUUAUUCGGUCAAAUCUUUCAGAUGACCAACUAUUUUUUUGGUGCAUUUUUUUUGUCCAUCGUUCUUGGUCAGAUGAGAGAUGUCAUUGGGGCAGCCACUGCUGGUCAAACAUAUUUCCGAGCCUCUAUGGAUGGGUGUGUGGCCUACAUGGUGACAAAUCGUAUUCCAAAGCUGGUACAGCAUAGAGUGCGUACAUGGUACAACUACACUUGGGAUUCACAGGGCAUGCUGGAUGAGUCAGAGUUGCUGGAGCAAAUGCCUCUCGUGAUGAGAACAGCCAUCGCUGUGGAUAUCAACCUCGCCACUUUCCAGAAGAUUGACCUGUUUAAGGGAUGUGAUAACCAGAUGCUUGUGGACAUGUUACUGAGGCUGAAGUCCAUUGUGUAUCUGCCUGGAGACUUUGUAUGUAAGAAGGGUGACAUUGGUAAGGAAAUGUACAUCAUCAAGGCUGGAGAGGUGCAGGUGAUCGGUGGGCCCGACAACAAGAUUGUAUUUGUGACGCUGAAGGCAGGAUGUGUGUUUGGAGAGAUCAGUCUUCUACAGUCCUCAGCUAACGGAGGAAACAGAAGAACAGCUAAUGUGGCAGCACAUGGAUUUGCCAACCUUUUUGUGCUUGAUAAGAAAGACCUCAAUGACAUCCUGGUUCACUACCCAGAGUCACAGAAAGUUUUGGCCAGAAAGGGAAGGAAACUGAUGAAGGCCAAAGGUCCAGCUGCAGCCAAAGCAGAUGAAGAGAAAAAGAAAGGUCUGGCACUGUUUGGACCCAAGCCUCCAACUCCCAAACUGCUCCGCGCAUUUGGAGGAUUCCACAAAAAAGGAUUCAUGGAUAAACUUAAGCAUGCCACUUCUAAAGAUUGA